UCUGUUAAACCCCAACACACAAAGAGUGCAAAAGAGAGAGGAAGAAGAUGAAGAUAGAAGAGGUACAAUCCACUAUAAAGAAGCAAAGAAUAGCUACUCAUACCCACAUUAAAGGACUUGGCCUUGAGCCCAAUGGAAAUGCAAUGCCUUUGGCAUCUGGGUUUGUGGGCCAGGCUGCAGCCAGAGAAGCUGCAGGGCUCGUGUUUGAUAUGAUACGCCAAAAGAAGAUGGCUGGUCGAGCUUUACUGCUUGCUGGACCGCCAGGUACUGGGAAAACAGCUCUCGCUCUUGGUAUAUCACAAGAACUUGGGAGUAAGGUUCCUUUCUGUCCAAUGGUGGGAUCUGAAGUAUAUUCAUCAGAAGUUAAGAAGACUGAGGUUUUGAUGGAAAAUUUCAGGCGAGCUAUAGGGCUUCGUAUGAAGGAAAAUAAGGAGGUUUAUGAAGGAGAGGUGACUGAACUUUCUCCAGAAGAGGCUGAGAGCGUGACUGGUGGAUAUGGGAAAAGCAUCAACCAUGUUAUAGUUGGUCUAAAAACUGUCAAAGGAACCAAACAGUUGAAGCUUGACCCAACUAUAUACGAUGCCUUGAUUAAAGAAAAGAUUGCUGUUGGCGAUGUGAUAUACAUUGAAGCAAAUAGUGGAGCAGUUAAAAGAGUGGGUAGGAGUGAUGCUUUUGCUACAGAAUUUGAUCUCGAGGCAGAAGAGUAUGUUCCACUUCCUAAAGGAGAGGUUCACAAAAAGAAGGAGAUAGUCCAGGAUGUUACAUUGCAUGAUCUUGAUGCUUCAAAUGCACGACCUCAAGGAGGACAAGAUAUAUUGUCUUUAAUGGGUCAGAUGAUGAAACCCAGGAAAACCGAAAUCACUGACAAGUUGCGCCAAGAGAUCAAUAAGGUGGUUAAUAGCUAUAUUGAUGAAGGUGCUGCAGAACUUGUCCCCGGAGUCUUAUUCAUUGAUGAGGUACACAUGCUUGAUAUGGAAUGCUUUUCGUACUUGAAUCGUGCUCUGGAGAGUUCACUUUCUCCAAUUGUGAUUUUUGCCACAAAUAGAGGUAUCUGUAAUGUCAGGGGUACAGAUAUGGCUAGUCCACAUGGCAUUCCAGUUGACUUAUUAGAUCGGUUGGUGAUUAUUAGAACUGAAACUUAUGGUCCAGCUGAAAUGAUACAGAUCUUAGCUAUCCGUGCACAGGUAGAGGAACUAGAAAUAGAUGAAGAAAGCCUUGCGUACCUAGGAGAGAUUGGUCAGCAAGCUUCCUUGAGGCAUGCUGUUCAACUACUAUCACCAGCCAAUAUAGUGGCCAAAAUGAAUGGACGUGAUAAAAUCUGCAAGGCGGAUCUGGAAGAAGUCGGCUCCCUUUACCUGGACGCAAAAUCUUCUGGAAGACUUCUCCAGGAGCAGCAGGAUAGAUAUAUCUCGUAACAAGCUGCAUUAUGGUAGUGUUCUGUCUUGAGGUGGUCAAUGGUCAGAUACAAAUCGCUACUGGCAAGUCAAUUUGUUUCUCUUGGUCAUGCCUACCUUCCAUGCAUGAUGCAAUUUAGUCUUCGGGGGAGAUCUUAAGACAUCAAGGUAUCUGUCAAAAUUUGGGAUGCUUGAAGAUGUUAUUAUCUAUAUUAUAUUUUGGAUGCACAUUAUGUUUUACCUUGGUCCUAAGUCUUUGGGAAGUCCAUGGGACAUUUGGUCAGAGGAGAAAUACUCUUGAAUCUGAGGAAAGACAGAAGAAAGCUUCUAAAUUCAGAAAAUAUAUGUUGGAUGAGUCCUGUUUCUUGCCUUUUGGAGGAAGCUGAUCAAUAGCCUGUUUGGCCAAGUUUAUUUUCCCCCAAAAGUA